UCCCUUUCUUCUUUUUUCGUUGCUGUUUCUCUCUUGUUCAUCAUUUACAGUUCAGCCUGAAGAAUGCAAGUCGAUACUUCUGCUCGCCGGCGUCGCCAGUCCCUCUCUGGGGAUAUCGCCAGCCCAGUCGCCCUACCGUCCGAGAAAGCUCGCACCAUGUCGUUGCACGCUCCGCCACGCCCCAAGUCGACGCCAGCACACGAACGGACGCACCAGCGGAGGAGAUUGGCCGAAGACGAGCAGGCAGAGCUCGAAAAGGAAGGCAUGCAGAUCGACGAAAACUCUUCGAGCUCAUCUCGUUCCUCCUCUCCCACGUCCCCUGUGACUGUUCUCUCGCAAAACAAGACUAACGCUGACCGACCGACCAAGCCGCUGCCUCAGAACAGAGCACGCAAAACUGCCGCAAUCAUGCCAUCCAAAAGCCCCAUGCCCGCUCCCGCCAACCCACAUAUGCUGCCAGUACAGGCGCACGUACCAAAGGGCGGCGUUGCAUCCAACCAGCGGAGGCUUUUUGUCAUCCUUGAGCAGGCGUGCCUGGAGGCAUACCGUGUGAGCAGUGGCGGACGCAGCAAGAAUGGCAGGGAGGGAGACGUGAAGUAUGCCCUGCUCAACUGUGACGACCACCAGGGCAUUCUGGCGAAAACCGGGAGGGACAUUGCGGACGCUAGACCCGACAUUACACACCAGUGCCUUUUGACGCUCCUUGAUUCCCCACUUAACAAAGCUGGCCUACUCCAGAUCUACAUCCACACCGCCAAGGGCGUGCUCAUCGAAGUAAACCCUCAUGUUAGAAUACCACGUACGUUCAAGCGAUUCAGUGGCCUCAUGGUGCAACUCCUUCACAAGCUUUCCAUUCGCGGCCAGAACGGCCCUGAGAAGCUGCUCAAGGUGAUCAAGAAUCCCGUCACUGAUCACCUGCCCGUGAACACGAUCAAGCUCACUCUUUCUGGUGAUGCUCCCACUAUCCGGCUGUCCAAAUUUCUGCCUACGCUGCCUGAGACGCAUUCCGUCGCUGUCUUUGUCGGUGCCAUGGCACGAGGCAAGGAUGACUUCGCUGACGGCGUCGUCGAUCAAAAGAUCAGUAUCAGCGACUACCCAUUAAGUGCCUCGGUCGCCUGUGGCAAGUUCUGUUGUGCGCUCGAAGAGCUCUGGGACAUUGUAUGAGUCAAAAUGGCCCGCUAGGACGAUCUUGGACGAUCUCUGGGUUUCGGAUAAGCCCCUUUGAUUCUUCUUCGUCUUGUAUUGUGUAUAUUCUCUGCGCUCAUCUACCACGACCCUGCAUUUCAACCUGCACUACCCAACUUCUACCCCUCCCUUACACCAGUCCCUCGUACAGCUUGCACGUCCUACUCUCACAUAAUUGCUCACACACAGGAUGUUGGGUAUUGUACCAUCUACCUGCUGCGACUCAACUUGCAGCUCCCGGCCUCAUCUUAACCUACGUAUCUAUAUGCACCGCCCCAACCACCAUGUAGCAUGAAGAAAAAUAAACAGCGGAUGACUCGAGAGGUUUCUGCUAGAGCGCGCUGAAUAUUGUACCC